GUGCGCAUGUUGAGGGCCCUCAACCUGAGGAGCACAUUGAUCACGGACGGCAGAACCCCGAUUAAUCUGUUGGGUGCCACAACUGGUCUCAUUGGGCAGGCGGAGAGUGUCAUUCAUGGAAGCGUUACACCCGGCAGUGCCAGUGAACAUGGAAAUGCGGCUUCCGAUGUGUAG